AUUUGGCAACUCUGGCUAUUGGCAGCGCCGUGUGUGUUGUUACAAAAUCAAUUGCGCUUGUUUUCAUCUUUGCUGAUUGAAUUGCAUUGAAAUGUCAAUACCAUUUAGCGGCACGUUGCGCCGCUCGGGCGGCAUUGUGUCAGCCAUAGGCAAGCAGCUAAAAAGCGUUAAUCUAAAAGGCGUCAAACGCAUUACAGUGCAGUUCGAUCCUUUUGCCGAAAAUGUAAAAGCCACACGAGAAUUUCUCUUCCUGCUUUCCACGCCCAAAGUUUCGCAGUCGAACCCGAAGUGUAUUGUUAAGCCGGAUAUAGUCUGCGAUCGUUCACCAGCUGUCAUUAAAUUUUCGCUCAUUGACUCGGCGCAAGAACAAGCCAAAGUGAAGGAGAUUCGUUUCAAUAGCGACAAUCUAAAUACCCUGGAAUUGCUGCAGCUUCUGAAUAAGCACGUCUCCACAUUAGCACCGCCAGAGGAGAUUGUCAAGAAGGUUCUGACCAAGGCAGAGAAACAGAAGCUGGGCAGCGGCGCCGGUGGAAAGAAGGCCAUUAAAAAGAAAUAAAUUCUAUCUGUGACCAAAGACA